CAACGCUGUGUUUGUCAAGAGCUCGAACGGAACGGGGAGGAAGACGAGAAGGAGAAGCAGAGGGAGCGCCAAAGCUGGAGACGGAGAUCAUGGUGCGGGCAUGGGGGCGGGCGGCGCUGCCUCCGCUCCUCAUCCUCUGCCUCCUCCACCUGCAGUACUCCCCGCUGGUCGUCGCCCAAGAAGGUCAAGAAAAAGACCCUGCAACUCUGUUCGCACGAGCCUCGGAGAUGAUGAACCUGAGGAAAUAUGAUGGGGCGCUUGGCCUGCUAAAUGCUGCGCUGGAAGUUGACCCAAAUCAUUCUGAAGCUUACAGGCAACGUGCAUCUGUGCUUCGUCAUAAGUGCAGAUACAAGGAAGCUGAGAGCGACUAUAACAAAUACCUGGAGCUAAAUCCUGCGACUGCUUCAGUGGAAAAGGAAUUAUCUCAGCUUCUGCAGGCUCAAAAUUCAUUACAGUCUGCUUAUGGUCAGUUUGAUUCCGGAGACUUUUCAAAAGUCCUGGAAUACAUCAACAAAAUUGUGCUCGUCUUUUCUCCAGGUUGCUUAAAGGCAAAGCUUCUCAAGGCUAAAGCGUUGCUAGCACUGAAAGAUUACUCAAGUGUUAUUUCAGAGACUGGAUUUAUCCUAAAGGAAGAUGAAGACAACUUGGAUGCGCUGCUACUACGUGGUCGCGCCUACUAUUACCUUGCUGAUCAUGAUGUGGCCUCUAGGCACUACCAGAAAGGGCUUCGUCUUGAUCCAGAGCAUUCAGAUUUGAAGAAAGCAUAUUUCGGGUUGAAAAAUCUUUUGAAGAAGACUAAGAGUGCUGAAGAUAAUGCUGCCAGGGGUAAGCUACGUGUGUCUGCUGAGGACUACAAGGCAGCUCUAGCAAUGGAUCCUGACCAUACUGCUUAUAAUGUACAUCUUUAUCUUGGGUUAUGUAAAACUCUGGUUAAACUUGGGAGAGGUAAGGAGGCCAUCAGCAGUUGUACUGAAGCACUCAACAUAGACAGCGAUCUUGUUGAUGCACUUACACAGAGAGGUGAAGCUAAACUUCUCUCAGAAGAUUGGGAAGGAGCGGUUCAAGAUCUAAAAGAGGCCGCCCAGAAAUCUCCACAGGAUAUGGGCAUCCGCGAAGCACUUAUGAGAGCUGAAAAGCAGCUUAAGUUGAGCAAAAGAAAAGACUGGUACAAAAUCCUUGGUAUUUCGAAGACAGCAUCAGCUGCAGAGAUAAAACGUGCCUACAAAAAGCUGGCAUUGCAGUGGCAUCCAGAUAAAAACGUUGAUAACCGGGAGGAAGCAGAAAACAUGUUUCGAGAAAUUGCCGCUGCUUAUGAGGUGCUUGGUGAUGAAGACAAACGUGUAAGGUAUGACCGUGGAGAGGAUAUCGACGAGAUGAAUAUGGGAGGCGGCGGCGGCGGUGGCUUCAAUCCUUUUGGGGGAGGCGGCCAGCAGUACACGUUUCAUUUCGACGGUGGGUUCCCCGGCGGCGGCUUCCCUGGAGGUGGAGGCUUUCAGUUCAACUUUUGAUAAGCUGUGUUAGGCACGAUGACAGUCAUAUUGUUUUGCCACAGUGGGGUUGUUAUAGGAACUCUUAGUGGUAGCUGAUAACUAUUGUUAGGAAGGCAGAGACUGUUCUUAUCAUUGUACACAAAAUGUUUUGAGGGCAGCUACAAUUUUUCCCAUACAUCCGCUGAAUGGGAAAAUGGAAAUAAAGUACCACAUAUUUUUUCUU